GACCUCGUCUGGGUCCGGGUUACAGCCAUCAUGCCGGGAAUAGUGGAGCUGCCCACUCUGGAGGAGCUGAAAGUGCAGGAGAUGAAAGUCAGUUCUGCUGUCCUUAAAGCUGCAGCUCACCACUAUGGUGCUCAGUGCGACAAGGCCAACAAGGAGUUCAUGCUCUGCCGCUGGGAGGAGAAAGAUCCAAGACGGUGUUUAGAGGAAGGCAAGCUUGUCAUCAAGUGUGCUUUGGACUUCUUUAGGCAGAUAAAGCGUCACUGUGCGGAGCCUUUUACAGAAUAUUGGAUCUGCAUUGAUUAUUCUGGCCUACAGUUAUUUAGUCACUGUCGCAAACAGCAGGCAAAGUUUGAUGAGUGUGUGCUGGACAAACUGGGCUGGGUGUGCCCUCACCUAGGAGAACCGUCAAAGGUCACAAAAGUGAAAACAAAUCGGCCUUUACCUGAGAAUCCUUACCACUCAAGACCAAGACCAGAGCCCAACCCUGAGAUAGAAGGAAAUUUGAAGCCUGCCAAACAUGGCAGCCGCCUUUCUUUCUGGACCACGUAA